AUGCUUACUCGCAACUUCCUCCUCGCGGCUCUUUUCUCCGUCUCCGUCCUUGCUCAUCCGCAUGGACCUCUCAACCCCGGUGGACCCGUCGCUGCUCGGUACACCCUCACCACCAGAGAUGGCGAUGAAACCGACACCGACACUGACGAUGACAUCAGCGCCGGGCAGCCCACUGUCGGAGUUCCUGCUGUGAUCGAUGAUGACACUGACUGGACCGACAAUGACGGCCAUGACACGGACGAUGAUGUCCCUACCCCUAUUACUGGAGUUGUUGGCGACGAGGGGGAUGACACCGACCACGACGACCACGACACUGAUACUGACGACGAGGCCAAUCUCGGUGCCGGCCCUGGCGUUGUCCCCGGCGACGAGACUGACAAUGACGGCCACGACACCGACACUGACAACGAUGGCCAUGACACUGACACCGAUGACGACGAUGUCAGUGCUGCAACCACCACCGGCCCUGUCGCUGUUACUGCCGCCGGCCCUAUAGCUGCUACUACUGGCCCAGCUACCACUACCACCACUGAGGGCGAGGACACCGAUACUGACAACGACGGCAUCGACACUGAUGAUGAGAGCGAUGAUGAGGCUCCUACUGCUACUUCUUCCAUUCGCCCUACCAUUACGCCUGUGCUUGCCAACGCUGGUGCUAAGGAGAAUGGAUUUGGUGGUGUUGCGAUGGGUGUUGCUGGUGUUUUGGGGGUUAUUGCUGUCUUUUAA